AUGCUUGCUUUUCUUGAAAUAACGACAUCUAUUGGCGAUGGUGAUUCUGAUGGAGAUAACAGCCUUUGUCGCGCACUGUCCGACGUAUCCGUGGUGGACUCAUGUGAAGUUCCAAGAGAGUCAAGUGGUAUCCCAUUACUUCGAAAUACUCAUUGCCAAAUUUGCAACAAACCCUACCCUAUGAUUGGCGUUUUGAAACCAGACGAUGCCGAACAUCGCUGCAGAUUGUGUAUGCUAUCUGUCUGUCAGCAAUGCUCGGGUCAUCGCUAUCAUACCACGGAAGAUGAUGGAAAGGGGGUACAACGUCGGAUGUGUGAUCGAUGUUAUCAAAAGAUGAUUCCUGCUGAAGCGGACGAAGACAUUGAACUGCAGGUUCGUUUUCUUCGAAAGGAUCUCUCGGAUUAUCAGCUUAUCUCCAAUUUUUUAAUACUAAAAUGCGUUCUAAACGUUUGCAAUAUCCCAAUUUUUUCUCUGAAUAUGUCCUGUUGUUCAGGUGAGGCUUUGCAAACUGGUUUAGCAGUUUGUCGCAAACACUGACU